CCUGGGGUAACUGGUCAAAAGAGAGAAACCUGGGCUCCGGAUCUUUCGGAGUGGUAACUUUAUGGAAAAACAACGUAGACGGACAAAAAAUAGGUUAGUUAAGGGAACAAAGCUAAUUUCGAAGUUGUAUGGGGUCCACCCUUCAAGCAUAUAUUAUGGAUGAUUUAUGCACCAUCUCAUUUAGAACUUUCACCAUGGAAGAAAUAAAAUCCAAAAUUUUAAGUUCCAUGCCCUUGAGCUAUAAAGCUGUUCACGGAUGAGAUUGAAGGCAGUGGUGUGAGGGUAAAGUCAAAAAAUGUAGAGAGGUGGGCAAAGGAGGUUCAAAUAAUGAAACAUCUGUCCCAUCCAAAUAUUGUCAAGAUUGUUCCAAUUCCUGAAGACCUUAUGGCGCUUGCAACCAAGCUUCCAAUACUCUGCAUGGAAUAUUGUGCUGAGGGCGAUCUUAGAAAGGUGCUAAACAAGCCAGAAAAUUGUUCCGGUCUCAGAGAAGCCGAUGUAAGGACGCUAAUGAAACAUAUGAAAGACGCGGUGGAGUUUUUACAUAAGGAGAAAAUAAUGCACAGAGACAUAAAGCCAGAAAAUAUAGUUUUGCAGUCAAACAACGGAGAAAUCACUUAUAAAUUAAUAGACCUUGGAUAUGGGAAAGAACUGGAGCAGAGUAAAAACUAUAAAUCCAUCGUUGGUACGCUGCAGUAUGUCGCACCCGAAAUUUCCUCACAUGAGUAUACUUAUUCUGUAGAUUACUGGAGUUUAGGGAUCGUCUGUCAUGAAGUUAUUACAGGAAUUCGCCCUUUCUUACCAAACAUGACACCAUUCUCUUGGUUUCCAAUUGUUAAGAAGAAAACAUUUGAAGAUAUAUGUGUCUACCAAAAUGCUGAUGGAUCAAUUGAAUUUAGCAAAGAACUUGCAAGAGAAAAUCACUUAUCCUGGUUUUUAAGAGAUGAAGUUGAAGAAUGGCUUAGAGUGGCUCUUGAAUGGGAUGGAAGGAAGAGAGGCCGGGCUUACAACAAUGAUCUUAUCAUAUUCACUGUGCUUGACCAUAUAUUAGAGAAAAAAAUUGUAACUGUGUUCAGCAUUGUGCUUUUUGAGCAACUGAGCUACGAGGUCGACAAUUCGACUGCCAUUUCUACCCUGAUGGGCUGGAUCGAAAGAGAUUCAAAGCACUUCAUUAACGAUCAGCUACUCCUACUUCCCACUGGGGAGGAGUUGACACCCGAAUCAUUCGCUAUUAAAUGUUGGGACGAGACAAACGAGGUUGCCAUGGUAUAUGUUUUUAGCAAAAGUGGAUUCUUGCUUCCAAUACCAGAGCCAGUUAUACCAAAAUUAGUGACUCAAUUAUUAGAAGAACCCAAAAGAUUAAUGCCUUAUCACAUUAUUAAAAGAAUGUGGGCCAAUUCGAUAUUUUUCAUACAACGACAGAUUUACCUUUGUGAAACCCUUGCAGAAGCUUAUGCUGUGAAGUUGUUGUCAAUCCUUAACAGAAUCGACGAAUUGUCUGCUAUGGAUAGAAAAAUUGACAAUGAGAUUCAACUGUGUUCUGGGAAGUUAAAACUACACAACGCCUCGAUCGACUACAACGAAAAAUAUUUUAACAAAAUGCUUCACCAGAAGGAAAUCUCCGAUAAGAAGUUGGAAGAUUGGAAACAGGAAUCGACUGAGUUCAGAGACACUCUCUGGAAAAUUUCCGAAAGGUGGAAAAUGAUUAGCUAUUACUUAAACGAGUUAAGACUUCGCUUUGAUAAAACACAAUCAUUCUGUGAUGAAAGCCCAAAAAAAGUUGAACAAUUGAAAAAACUCUUAAAUGGAAGCUAUGUACUAUUUGGAAAUUUACAAAAAAUGCCAAAAGAAUUAAGAAAUAGUGAGUCCAAUUCCGCCGAAAUGUCAGCAAUAGUUAGUAAAUGCCUUAUUCUCAGGGAAGAAAUAACUUCAAUAAAAGAUUACAGCGCAGAUUUGGAGGUUAUUAAGGAAUGCGAGAGCAGGGUUUCGGAGCUAAAGCCCGAGUUCUGCAGCCUUGAACAGGAGCUGAACAUGUUGAGCAGGGAAGUUGUCAAAGCCCACCUGUUCCAAUUUAAGGACAUCUGGCUUCUGUUCGACGAAUAUGUGAGCGUCAAGCCAAUGGUCGAAGUCAAAACUGUUCCUGUUGCUCAAGUUACACAAAUCUCACCUACAAGUUCAGAAACGAGCAUAAACAAUUUUCUUGCUAUGAACAAUUUCCCGAGCGGCAAGGCACCAGAAGGGCAGAUCGACUGGGCGAAGAAUAGCAGCCCGGUUAAUCUCGUCAUUGAAAAACCGAGACUUGACCCAUCAGUGAAAGAGUACAGCCUGGAUGCCAAUCCCGAAGGGAGCGUUAAUCUCGAUGUAAAGAAUAUUUUAAAUAACAAUCUAUCAUUUUCUUAUUCCACAGAAGUUUAAAUAUCAACGUAAGAGCUUUUAAAAAUCAAAUACCAAAUUUAUAACAAGGCUUCUAAUUAUUAAAGGGUUUAUAACACACAUUUUGAAAAAUAAUUAUUGCAAAAUGUGUAAGAACAAGUGAAUGAAGCUGAUGAAAACAGUUAACCUUGUUUGAUAGUCUUUAAUUUAAAUACAUAUGUUCUACCUUAGAAAGGUCAUAUAAUUUAAUUAUACUGUAGUUCAAUAAGA